CGCGUGGCCAAUGGCAGGGCGAGCCGGAUUGGGGCGUGGCCCCUGGUGGGAAGCCAAUGGCAGGGAGUACAGCUUGGGCGAGGCCAAUGGGAGCGCGAGGGUGGGGGAGCCAGACCCCGAAGGCAGUGGGGGCGGGGAGGCGCGGUGACAACCUGUCAAGUCCACUCCCGGACGAACUGGGUCACGCGCUCCUUGUAGCUCCGGCGCCCCCGCCCCACGAGGCCCUGCGGGUGGCCCCGGGGCCCAGCCGCUCCGCUUCCUCUUCCUGCCCGCGGGGGUGGGGUGGGGUGGGGGUGGGGCGGACACCUGCCGUCCGCAGGCCCGCCCCGACCUCCGGGCGGCCGAAGGCUGCCUGCGGGCCCGUGCCCGCCGAUCCGCCCGGAGCCAGGUCCGCGAUCCGCGAUCCGCGGCGCCGGCCGUGGGCUCGGGAAAGCGCACAGCGCACUACUUGUCGCGGAGGGAUCCGGCUUCCGCAGAUACCUGUCCUCCAUCGGAGCUGACCUCGGCCCAAGGGCCCGCCAGGCCCUCCGCCUCACGGAGAAGGAAUACAGGUUCGGAUCCGCGCCGCCGAGCUCACAAUGGCGCGGUCGUCCAGCCACUUGUCACGCAGCAUCGCCCAGAGCUUCACUGCUUAAGGGACCGCGGCGGGGUCCUUCUCCCACUCGCUGGUUCGGAAGAUGAGAACGUCCCCUCACGACACCAUGACGCAGUUUUAACAAUGCCCAACUCUGAUCUUCCAAACUGCACACACUUAAAGGUGACAUGGCCACAGACGCUGUGGGUUGCAAUACUAUUUUGGUAUUCUGCGCUAAUUAUUUGAAAGCUUUCUUACAAUACUACAGCGAAACGACAGAUCACAAACAUUUCAUUUUCGUUCGAACACAGUACUCUUUAACCAAUGAAUAUUUUGUGAACAUUU